AAGGCGCCCAAACCAAAACCAAAACGAGCUAAAAAUCUUCGCUUUCACAAUUCUUUGUGUGAAGCCUGGUCGAUUGAUCGAUGGCCGCCGUGCAGCCGCGCGUAGCCCAACGCCGGCAUCCGCCGCCGGCGGCGGUUCCGCCGCUACCAGCAGCGCCGUCGCAGGCGCCGGCGGCGCGGCCGCAGCUUCUUCCGUGCAAGAGGAGCGGCGCCGACGCCGCCGUGGCCGUCGCCCACGGCAGGAAUAAGGAGAGGGUGGCGGAGUCGUGCUGUCCGUCGUCGUCGCGGCUGGAUCAGCUGGUGCUGGUCGACGACGACAGCGGCGAGGAGGACGACGGCUGCGGCAGCUGCGUCGACGGUGCCGGUGGCGGCGGACAGGAUGACGACGAGGAGGAGAGCGGGAGCGGGAGCGGAAGCGGAAGCGGCGGUGUCGCCUGGUGGAGCCAGGAGAGCGGCCGAGGCGGUCGCCGCUGCUCCCUCUGGGCGAACGGGAACAGAGCAACCGAUGGCGGCCAGUUACGCGCCGGCGGCGAGCGCGACGACGAGGACCCCGCGGUGGCGGCGGCCAGGCGGCGGGAGGAGGACCGCAAGUUCUGGGAGGCGUGCCUGGCGUCGGGCUACCCCUGAACCCUGCUGGAUGUUCUUGAUUACUAGUGCUAGUAGUUUUGUUUAUUUGAUUGAUGUGACAAGAAGGAGAAGUUUGUGAUUUGGGCAACGUUACAAGUUACUGCGUGUGGUAAGAGUUUGUGUAUGACGUGUAAAAUGCAAAUCAUGAAACAAAGAUGGAUGGCCAAA